GUGCUUGAAGCAAGAAGAAGGCGAGCUUCAAGAGGAGGCGACAACAAGCUCGAAGGACUUACUCUCAGAAUACGUUCUCGGCGCGUGGUCUCAACCUGAAGAAGACAGAGGCGGCGACAAGGUGCGCGGUCUCAACUUGAAGAGGAUGGAGGCGGGAACCAGGCCGGAGCACUUCUCCUCAACCAAUAUCGGGUCCGAGGUGCGUGGUCUCAACUCGAACAGGAAGCUCAAGCUGAAGAAGACAGAGGUGUGGAAGUUCAAGCUGAAGAAGACACAGGCGUGGAAGCUCAAGCUGAAGAAGGGCAAGGACAAGGUGCGUGGUCUCAGCCCGAAGAAGGCGACGAGGUGCGUGCUCUCGCGGACCAGGCCGGCGCAAUAUGGGGUUCCCGGCGCGUGGUCUCAGCCCGAAGAAGGCGGAGGCGGGGACGAGGCCGGAGCUGGGGUCCCAGGUGCGUGCUCGGCAGGGACGAGGCCGGAGGGGACGAGGCCGGAGCGCUUAUCCUCGACCAACGUGGAGUCCCAGGUACGCGAUCUCGGUGAAGGUGGGGACGAGGGCGGAGCACUUAUCCUCAACCGAUAUGGGGUCCUAGGUGCGUGCCCUACCGCAGCGUGCAUCAGUGCCAGGUGCUUGAAGCCAGAAGAAGGCGAGCUUCAAGAGGAGGCGACAACAAGCUCGAAGGACUUACUCUCAGAAUACGUUCCCGGCGCGUGGUCUCAACCUGAAGAAGACAGAGGCGGCGACAAGGCCGGAGUGCCUAUCCUCAAUCAAUAUGGGGUCCCAGGUGCGCAGUCUCAACUUGAAGAGGAUGGAGGCGGGAACCAGAGGCAGAGACAAGGCGGGAAGGCUUAUCCUCAACCGGUAUGGGGUUCCGAGGUGCGUGGUCUCAGUCGAAGAAGGCGGAGGCAGGGACGAGGCCGGAGCACUUAUCCUCACCCAAUAUGGGGUCCCAGGCGCGUGGUCUCAGCCCGAAGAAGGCGGAGGCGGGGACGAGGCGGGGACGAGGCCGGAGCGCUUAUCCUCGACCAACGUGGAGUCCCAGGUACGCGAUCUCGGCCCGAAGAAGGUGAAGGUGGGGACGAGGGCGGAGCACUUAUCCUCAACCGAUAUGGGGUCCUAGGUGCGUGCCCUACCGCAGCGUGCAUCAGUGCCAGGUGCUUGAAGCCAGAAGAAGGCGAGCUUCAAGAGGAGGCGACAACAAGCUCGAAGGACUUACUCUCAGAAUACGUUCUCGGCGCGUGGUCUCAACCUGAAGAAGACAGAGGUUCGUGGUCUGGAGAGAACAGAAGCCGAGACCAGGCCGGAGUGCGCGGUCUCAACUUGAAGAGGAUGGAGGCGGGAACCAGGCCGGAGCACUUCUCCUCAACCAAUAUCGGGUCCGAGGUGCGUGGUCUCAACUCGAACAGGAAGCUCAAGCUGAAGAAGACAGAGGUGUGGAAGUUCAAGCUGAAGAAGACACAGGCGUGGAAGCUCAAGCUGAAGAAGGGCAAGGACAAGGUGCGUAUCCUCAAGAAGAAGAAGGCCGGGAGCGGGAACGAAGCCGUGCAGGCUCGCCUGCAUGGUGCGUGGUCUCAGUCGAAGAAGGCGGAGGCAGGGACGAGGCCGGCGCAAUAUGGGGUUCCAGGCGCGUGGUCUCAGCCCGAAGAAGGCGGAGGCGGGGACGAGGCGGGGACGAGGCCGGAGCGCUUAUCCUCGACCAACGUGGAGUCCCAGGUACGCGAUCUCGGCCCGAAGAAGGUGAAGGUGGGGUGCUUGAAGCCAGAAGAAGGCGAGCUUCAAGAGGAGGCGACAACAGGCUCGAAGGACUUACUCUCAGAAUACGUUCUCGGCGCGUGGUCUCAACCUGAAGAAGACGGAGGCGGCGACAAGGCCGGAGUGCCUAUCCUCAAGCAAUAUGGGGUCCCAGGUGCGCGGUCUCAACUUGAAGAGGAUGGAGGCGGGAACCAGGACGGAGGCGAGGAGAGGCCGGAGUACCUAUGCAAGGACAAGGCUGGGAGGGCCCAUCCUCAACCAACAUGGGGUUCCGAGGUGCGGAAGUUCAAGCGGAAGAAGACACAGGUGGGGAAGUUCAAGCUGAAGAAGACAGAG